CGUUGUCGGUCUGGGCCAUUAUUUUGUCCUCCCCAAGCUUCAAAUGAACAACAGGCUAAGCUCUUCUUGAAAUGAAUUAAAUAUUAAUUCUCGGAGAGAGACAUUUUUCCCUCUUGCUCUUCACCGCCGACAUACAUGGAGUGUCUCGGUCAGUAGAUCGUUUUCUCGCCUGGCUGUUCGGUCCUCCUUUGGACUUGAAGGCCGAAAACAGUGCGCGGAGUGACAGCCCCGUUAAAGCUAGCUUCCUAGACAGCUGCGAAGGGAGGAAAAAAACUGAAAGGACCAUUUGAUAACUUUAGAAAGACAGAGCUGUGACUACCGCUCUGUGCAACCUACAGAGGGGAUGGCACACCUUCGAGACAUGCAGAACCAGAAUACCCGCCUGGACCCCGAGGAGUACUUCACCAAGCAGGAGCGAAUUGGAAAGGGUUCUUUUGGAGAGGUCUACAAGGGCAUCAACAACCGCACCAAGGAGGUGGUGGCGAUUAAAAUCAUUGACCUAGAGGAGGCAGAGGAUGAGAUCGAAGACAUUCAGCAGGAGAUCACAGUAUUGAGCCAGUGUGACAGUCCUUUUGUUACCAAGUAUUAUGGAUCAUACCUGAAGGGGACCAAACUGUGGAUUAUCAUGGAGUAUUUAGGUGGAGGAUCUGCUCUGGAUUUGCUCCGUCCAGGACCUCUGGAAGAGACAUACAUUGCUACUAUACUGAGGGAAAUACUUAAAGGACUGGAGUAUCUACACUCUGAAAGGAAGAUUCACAGAGAUAUCAAAGCUGCCAACGUGCUCUUGUCGGAGCAGGGCGAUGUGAAGCUUGCAGAUUUUGGGGUAGCAGGGCAGCUGACAGAUACCCAAAUUAAGAGGAAUACAUUUGUUGGGACACCUUUCUGGAUGGCUCCAGAGGUCAUCAAGCAGUCGGCGUAUGAUUUUAAGGCUGAUAUCUGGUCCCUGGGAAUCACUGCCAUUGAGUUGGCCAAAGGAGAGCCUCCCAAUUCUGAUCUACACCCCAUGAGGGUCCUGUUUCUCAUUCCCAAAAACACUCCUCCUACACUGGAAGGUCCUUAUAGCAAACCUUUUAAAGAGUUCGUGGAGGCCUGUCUAAAUAAAGACCCACGCUUUAGGCCAACUGCCAAAGAGCUCCUGAAACACAAAUUCAUCACACGCUACACCAAGAAGACAGCUUAUCUCACAGAGCUGAUAGACCGUUACCGCCGCUGGAAGUCAGAGGGACACGGCGAAGAAUCCAGCUCAGACGACUCAGAUAUGGAUGCUGAUGGAGAUGUAGACCAGUGUCCCAUGUGGACCUUCCCCCCCACCGUCAGACCCACCACUAUGAACAAAUUACAGAAGGGCUACAUGAACACAGAUUCAGAGUCAGGAGAUUCUAUGAAAAGGCAACCCAAGUCACAAUGCUUAUCGGCUCUGGUAACACCCAUCUUCAGAGAGUUGAAGGACAAGCGGCGUGCCAGUGGGGGGGGCGUAGGAGCCAUCGAGGAACUGGAGAAUGCCUUCAACCUGGCGGAGGAGUCCUGUCCGGGCAUCUCUGACCGUCUCGUCACACAUAUGAUGGAGAGAGUGUGCAGGUUUUCGUUAAAUGGUAACACCACCCUGUCUUCGCGGUGAAACUCCAUCUGGAUGUAAUGUGACCCAGCCCUCUUUCUUUUGUUUUUUUUUCCUGCCUCCCAGAGCCACCCAACUCUCCAGAUAAGGACCAUCAACCCCACCCACCCCCUCAGCCUCUGCUGCCUUUCCCCAUCCUGUUCCCUAAGAGAUCUUUAAAUUAGUUAUGAUUAAAUAUUUUUACAGUUUUUCUUUAAGAGCGGAGAGUAUUUAAGACAAAAGAAGCCAUGACUUUAGAGCAAUGUGUAUAACUGUCAGUGAGAAAAGAACAGCUAUAAUAAAGUCUAUGAAAAAUG